UAUCACUGGAACAGCACACAAUGGCAACAGUGAAGAAAUCAACACAUGAAAAUACUGCCGAUUAUGAUGGCGAACCCGGCUGCGACACAUUGCACGAGGUUAACGCCAUGUUCCGUCACUUCUGGGACCCUACAAAAUAUUGGACAUGUGAGGAACAAGGGCGUCCCGCUAAACUACAACGCUGUCCACAAUCGCAUCUAUAUAUGGACUCGCAAAGUAAAUGUGUCAUGUAUACUGAUUGGCAUUGGACCGACCCCGCUGAACCGCCAAGCCGUCCGAGAAGCGCGAAAAGCACGUGAAGCUUCAAUGGAAUGAGUGUGAUUUGCACAGCAAAUAACCGAAACGAUAAUAGAAACGUGAUUUUAACGCGCACAAGCAGACAUGCUUGAACGCAAACCCAUAUGGAUAUGUACAUGAGUAUAUACAUAUGUAUAAGUAUGUAUGUACGUAUGUAUAUAUCUUUAAUGUGUAGUACUUAUGUUUAAUGGAGUGCGCUAGCGUAAUUAAGUGUACAAUAUGUAGUUAUGUAGGUGGGUUUGUUGAUAAGAUUUUAAUUUGGCAACAAAACUCAAUAAUUGUUAACAAAAAAAUGUAUGUACAUACAUACAUUGUAUGCAAUUAUUUAUAGCCUACGACUGAAAAUUUGCUUUAAGAAAUUUGUGGCUGUUUUAGUUUGUACUGUUAAAAAAAUAAAUAAAUAAAUAAGAAAGAGUGAAAA